CCACCCGUCGCAAGGGACGCCCCGAUGCUUCUCGAGACCAACAAUGACAUCGGCGGGGCAAGCAUUGGGACUCAUUCCGCUUGUUGCUUUGCAAGUGCCAAAUGUUGCRCCAAAGAGCAACGGCGGUAGUCGUUKUUGCCGUGCUUUCGAUGCACCGGGCGAGAAGMUCCCACCCUUUUUGAUACGGCUCGGCGAUGGGUCCGGGCCGUCCCUCGUGAUCGGCCGGGUGGCCCUUCUGGGGUCCCUUCGCRCCGCGUGCUUUUGGGACGGCAGCGGAAAAGGGCUGCACCGGCGCUACCGGGAGGCCCACCGGUGGGGGAUCCGGUCCCUCAGCCGCCGCCUCCUGCGGUUUUCCGGGUCGGGGGUCCAGGCCCGGGGGGAGCACGCGAUCGUGCGGCUCAACGGGACCGAGGUCCUGCCGGCGACCCGGCCGGGGGACGCCGCGGGCAGUGGCAACGGCAGUGGCAACAGCAACAGCAACGGCAAUGGCAACGGCAACAGCAACGGCAACGGCAUCAAAGAGUGGGGGACUCCCGCGGUCGCCAUCGAGGCGGGGGACGUCCUUUCGCUCGAACCCCGAGGGGGGCAGGGCCUCCUGGAGUUCAGGGUUGUGGCRCUCAGCGAAGAGACGGGCAACGAGCAUGGAUCGGCGUCGGSGAACGAGAAGCACCCUGCCAGCAACGAARCGGGGGAGGCCACGGUGCCAAAAGCUAGCGGAACGAAUAGAGACGRGAWGGGAAACGACCAUUCGGAACGAGGCCAGAAACGCCAGAGGUGCGAGCACGUUCCGAAUCCACCAAGAGAUACGGUGGAUUCGUAUCAGUUCAGUGAUAGCGGGAACCGAAAAACAACRGUUGGAAAUUCUCCCCGUACCYGCAGCCCCGAAAAGUUGUUUGUUGUCCAUUUCUUUCCGUUUGGAAGCGGUACGUCGGACUAAGCACGAUGCACCGUUUGUUGUAUGACACAACCAUGCACUGUGCAUGCUCCCGCUCUCUAAUACGUACAAUUGCGGUUCCCUUUUUUUGGUGACAUGUUUGCAAAAUUUGAUUCCGAUYACCAGGCUUUUCGGCGUCGCGACGCCAAAAGCUGGAGCGCAACUUUGAAUUGUUGGGAGCUACGGUGACAGAUGAUUUAUGGAGGGCAAACCACAUCGUAAUCAGCGAUACGGUACGGUCCCUAGAGCUGGUAGCCAAAAGGUUGCGUGUUUCAGAAGAAGAACUGCGACAACACCUGGAGAAGAAUCCCCAUAUUCGCUGCGCAAUGCCAUCGUGGGCCGACCACUGYAUUGCGACUGCCAAAUGUCUCCAGAUUCCAAGCCGAAUUCACUUGUGGUGUCACGGCSCAACACCAAUGRGUGUUGUGCAUGGUACUCGUACUUCCACCACGAACAAGGAGAGUUUCAAGAGAAAACGCGACGCMGGUGCAACAACAGACGAACCUCCAAUCGAAAAGAAAACUGGCGGCAGCGACAAUAAGAUCGAACACACGAGGAGACGAAUCCCCUUCCCUCGGAACGUSCARGUGUCUAAUGCCUUUGAGGUUCUCGGAAGGCUCCACCAGUCCAUGCCACUCCUUCCUGGYGAUCAGUGGAAGUCUUAUUGUUUUCGAAUCGUGGCCGGUCGGCUGCUAGAGCUAGACUUUGAAGUUAGCAGCGAUGAUGAAAUACAACGACGACURAAAUCCAUCAAGGGAUUYGGGAACAGCGUCUGCGAAAAAAUUCAAGAAUGCAUCAACCAUGGCACAAUCACCAGGAUCGAAGAAUUCGAGUCAGACGAGCAACGACAGGCAAUGAAGAAAAUCACGGACAUUUGGGGCGUGGGCCCCGUAAAGGCACGAGAAUUGAUUGCUCUGGGCUACAAAAMCAUCGACGAGGUGAGGGAUGCCGUUUGUCGAAACCAAAUUUCCUUGCAGCGAAAUCAGCUGGUUGGUGUGGAUUGCUACGAAGACAUACUCGAUCGAAUGCCCCGGUCGGAAGUGGAAAAACUCUGCGAGGUGGUUCGGCGCGUCGCGGAAAAGCUGUUCCCCGGAAUGGAGGCUUCCAUUAUGGGGUCGUAUCGGCGCGGAAAAGACGACUGYGGGGACGUGGACAUUCUGCUCUGCCAUCCCGACCACGUGGAUACCAUUCCUACUUCCGGAUUGGGGCAGAUAAUCGGUAAGGAACUCGAGAUGUUUUGGAUUCUCCAACAGAUUUGUAGCUUCUUUUUUUGAUUUUUGAUUUUCUGCGCUUGCUCAUCUCUUUGAAAUUACCGAUCAGACGCGCUUUGGAACGAAGGGAAGGUCGCAAUGCACCUGACGAAUCUAGUAGGUAUGACUACCGGUUACCAUUAUACCGAUUACGAAAAGGCGUCAAGAUAUGUACCAAAGGCGGUGUGGGAAGAAGCAGUCAAACAAUCGAAGCACACCGAAUACGAUUUUUACAUGGGUUGUCUCUAUAGUCCGAGCAAUCCUCGUGUUAGAAGACGGGUCGAUAUCAAGUUUUAUCCAUAUCGAGAGCGUGCUUUCGCCAUGCUAUAUUUUACUGGGAAUGGUAAGAAAAAAGCAGUUUUUGCCCACUUACUGCAAAUGCUCGAAAAAAAAUCCAAACAUGAUCUUUAACUUACCCCUCGUUGUUACACUUCCUUUGAAUUCGUUUCGAAUUCAUCAACAGGUUACUUCAAUAGGAGCAUGCGCCUAUGGGCGACUCGCGUUUUCAACUACAAGCUAACAGAUCACGGAUUGUUCGAUCGAGAUGAUGGAACAACCAGAGUCYUUGAAGCUUCCACCGAGCGCGAGGUUUUCGACCAUCUGGGAUUGGUGUAUCGUGAGCCAAAUGAGAGACAUCAUUGGGACGCGCUGGAACCUCUCGAUAGAGAUCAGAAGCCCGACCUGACGUUGAACGCAUCUGAAUUCAAACAAGACAAGGAGCACAAAUGGGUUGAUUAAAAUCCCACUCCAAGUCACCAUGUAAAGUGAUAUUUUCCUUGGGCAAAGAUACAUACUUCGUAACUUUKAUGCGUCACAAUACGGAGUUAUUUGAUUCAGCGAAAGCAAUCAAUAAUCCAAAAGGGACCAGUCAAUUAUAGAAUUUAAACACUAAUGUAUAAUAGCGAUUUGACGGUUCGAGAGAACGUGGGCGGGCACUCUUUGCUUCUUUUCUCUUUCCUUCCGUGGAUUUUGUCGUGCAGGGUCCACGGCAACUUAAGAUA